AUGAAUAAUGAAAUCGACAGAUACAUAGACAGAGACGAUGUUGAAAUUGCAUAUCAACGCAAAUCCUUUAUUACGGAAGACAUAUACAUGAUGUGGCUUGAAAGAUGUAUUAAACCAGAACUGGAAUUAAGAAGAAAAAAUUGCCCACAAGAAUGGGCGGUUUUAAUACAAGACAACUGUGUCAGCCACAUUAAAGAUGGUGCUAGAAAGUGGCUGUUCGAAAAUAAAGUGGCUUUAUUAUUAUUGUGCCCACACAGCAGCCACUUGUCUCAACCACUGAACGUCGUCAUAUUUGGCGUUCAAAAAAGAGCAAUGGGUUCUUCGGUAUUUUCUCGACUUGUUGGUAUGAAGUACCCCGUUGGUGUUAUGUCUCAAAAGGAUGAUGUUGAAGAUGAAGUCAAGAAGGCUACAAAGCGAAGAAAAAUGGAAAUUUUAGAACUCAAGGAUCAAGAUGGUGCAAUAGAUGCUGCUAAGUUGGAAGAGUUGUCUGUUUGUAUGGUCACAAAAAGAGUCGUUGAAAUCAUCCAAUCGUUCAAAAUUGCCUGCGUAAACAACAACAACAACACCUCAGCCUUUCACAUGUGUGGUUACGUAAAAAAGCCAAUUGGAAAAGAAAAGGAUGGUAAUUAUGAUGUCGGAAUUUUUAACGGUAGGGA